AUGUCAACAACAACAACAACUAAAUCAGUAUUAUUCAAUGAGUUUGGUGAUGCCGACAAACUUUAUGUUGGCCAAGUUCCAAUUCAAUUGCCAAAGAAGGGCGAGGUUGCCGUGAAGGUGGCCGCAAUAGGCCUGAACCGUGCAGAGGUGUUAUAUAGGACCGGUAAAUAUUUGGAUAGACCAGCAAGCUAUCCAGCAUCAUUGGGUUACGAGGCUGCCGGUGUGGUCGAGUCUGUGGGCGAGGGCGUUGUCAACUUCAAGGUGGGCGACCGCGUUGCCGUACUGGUCAACACACAACAAUCAAGACAUCCCUCCAACAAGGUGCACGCAGUCUUCCCCGAGAACUCCCUGGUGCACAUCGAUGAAGGCCAGUCCAAUGUCGAAGCCGCCAGCGUGUGGAUGGCCUACCUCACCGCGUACUUUGCCCUCGUGGACAUCUCCAACCUCACCGCCGGCCAGACAAUCGUGAUCACCGCCGCCAGCAGCUCGACCGGUCUGGCCGCCAUCCAGCUUGCACGAGCACUUGGCGCGACAGUCAUCGCGACCAGUCGCACAAGCACCAAGAAGCAGCGCCUGUUGGACUUUGGCGCGCACCACUUUAUCGCCACGGGCGAGGAGGAUGUCGAGCAGCGCAUCCUCGAGCUGACCAAUGGAGUUGGCGCCAACUUGAUCUACGACCCCGUUGGAGGCCCUCUGGUCACCAAGCUCGUGUCAGCCAUUGCCUUGAGGGGCACCUUCGUCCUGUACGGUCUGUUGUCUCCAGAGCCCACGCCCUUCCCCAUCCUGCAAGUCAUGUCCAAGUAUAUCAACUUCAAGGGAUACAUCUUGUUUGAGUUCACCACUGAUGAGGCUGCAUUGACUCGCGCCACCACCUAUCUCCGCCAACACUUUUCAAAAUACCAAUCCAUUGUUGGCAAGGUGUUCAAAGGUAUCGAGGCCACACCAGCAGCCCACGUCUACCUUGAUGAGAAGGACUUGUUUGGCAAGGUCAUCGUUGAGUUCUAA